CUAAAAGCGUGUAGAAUGACGAGUAAACCUAAUUCUAAGCGUACAAUAUACGUGGGUGGUCUAGCCGAAGAGGUAGAUGAAAAAGUUUUGAACGCGGCGUUUGUUCCCUUUGGUGAUUUGGUGGAUGUUCAAAUACCCCUAGAUUACGAGACAGAGAAGCACAGGGGUUUCGCAUUUAUUGAGUUCGAGAAUGCUGAGGACGCUGCAGCGGCUAUUGAUAAUAUGAAUGACUCUGAACUUUUUGGACGUACAAUACGAGUGAACAUAGCAGCACCACAGCGUAUCAAAGAAGGUUCAACCCGUCCGGUCUGGUCCGAGGACAGCUGGCUACAGAAACAUGCUGGAGAGACAUUACAGAUUGCUAAAGAUAAUGAGGAACCAAAGGACAGUAAUGCUAAGGAAAAGACUGAUAGUAGUAAUGCAGUACCUGCCACUGUGACAGAGAAGCGCAAUCCGCAAGUAUACUUCGACAUAAAUGUAGGCAAGCAAGAAAUUGGUCGUAUUAUAAUGAUGCUGCGAGCAGAUAUUGUGCCGCGUACGGCGGAGAAUUUCAGAGCCCUAUGCACACAUGAAAUGGGAUUUGGUUACCAGGGAAGCAGGUUUCAUAGGAUUAUACCCGAUUUUAUGUGUCAGGGAGGCGAUUUUACAAACCACAAUGGGACAGGUGGCAAGUCUAUCUACGGUGUCAAAUUCGAAGAUGAAAACUUCAAACUGAAACACACAGGACCUGGCAUACUGAGCAUGGCCAAUUCCGGUCCAAAUACCAAUGGAUCCCAGUUCUUUUUGUGUACUGCUAAGACAGACUGGCUCGACGGCAAACACGUGGUGUUCGGGCAUGUGAUAUCGGGCUUGGAUGUGACGAAGAAGAUGGAAAAGUACGGCAGUAAGUCGGGCACCGUUUCCGCGCUGAUUACCAUAAGCAAUUGUGGGCAAUUACAAUAA